CGUGAAUGCAGCAUAAUAAUAGACUGACAGGCAGUAUUUUUUGCUGCUUUGCUUCGGAUGUGGUGUUGUACUGACCGCGUAAAUACAUACUCUGUACGAAUUACGACAUGAUGGCUGACUAUAAUGUUGGGUUUUUCGGAGGAACAAUUCCCAAAGAAGUCGUCAGCAUGGCCAGACAUUUGAAAGAUCUGGAUAAACAACUCUUCAGCCAAAUCCUUAAAGUAGUGGUAAAUGCAUUGGAGGAGAAGGAGUGCAGUGUGUCCAUGGCAGAAAUUAUAGAGGAUAAUUCCCUUUCAGAAGAAAAACUUAGUGACAUUGUUUCAGGCAUGUAUGAGCUACUGAAGGAAGCUUUACGUCUACCAUCGUCUUCAGUGAUACAAGAGAGUUUCGAAGAAGAUCUUCGUGAGCUCAGGAUUUUUGAGGAGUUCAUUGCAGACCUUUCCCGUGUUGUCUUUGGAAAUGGGCGACCAGCACUUGAUGCUUCUGUUACACAGCAUGGCCCAAGAUUACCUAAAUUAGAAAAAUUCAGAUGGAGAGUGGAUGUUGCAAUUUCAACAAGCUCCUUGUCUCGAGCUCUGCAGCCAACUAUUCUAAUGCAGUUGAAGCUUUCUGAUGGGAAUCUUCAUCAGUUUGAGGUUUCUGUGCCAAAGUUCCAGGAGCUGAGGUACAACGUCUCACUCAUUCUAAAAGAAAUGAACGACUUGGAGAAACGAAGUGUUCUCAAGAUCCAGGAUUAUCAUGUAAAUUAAAUUACCUUUUAACUGAGCAUAAUGUUAAAUUUGUUCAGUAAAAAAUCUGUUAUUGAUUAUAUAACAGUUCAUCUGAUUAAAUUACUGUGUGUUGCAUGCUUUUGGAUAUCCAUGUACAGACAUUGUGUAAUGAAUCAGCUUGAUUUUUUCCUCUGGCAGUGUAGUUGCUGAAGGAAGUUAUAUUUUCAUCCACUUAACAUAUAUGGAAUAUUGUUCAAAUACAGUAUGGUUCAAAAGUGGUAAUGAAUUAAAGGGCCUAUAUUAAGAAAA